CAGUUUUUGAAGGUUGAGUUGAGGCCUAAACCUAAACAAACCAUCCCCUUUCUUUAUACUCUUUGACAGCGUGAAGGGUGAUGCUUUUCCAUCUGCAGCAAACUCCCUGUAAUCAAAACCCUUUUUUCUGAAUUUUGUUCUCUGUAAAAAAUCACAAACAAUGAAAAAAAAUUAAUCUGUUUCAAAAUUUCUAUCAUCUUCGCUUUCAAUUAUCCUGUUAUUUUCCAGAUGGCUAGAUGGGAUGCCAUCUUAUCACUCCCUGUGCAGAGUCCUUCGACCUCGGAUUUCAGUGCUGCUGAUUUAGUUUGGUCGAAGAUUGAAGGAUUCAGAGACAAAGUAGAUAGAAUUGCUCUUAUUCCAUUUGCGAGGGUUGAUGAUUUUAUCAGAGGUGAAUCCGCAAACAAAGACUGCCCUACUGGAUUUCACGUUGAGGCAAGGAGGCAUCGUCCUGCAAAGGCAUCGCACAAAGUGAAAGUCGAUGGUGUUCUUGAAUAUAUAUUGUAUUGGUGUUCCUUUGGCCCAGACGAUCGUAGAAAAGGGGGGGUUGUACGGCCAAGUAGAAACACUUAUAUUUCAAAGAAAACAUCUGCUGGACGCCCUAAUACCAAAAGGGGUUGCACUUGUCAUUUCAUUGUGAAACGCCUCAUCGCUCGUCCUUCUGUUGCGCUUAUUAUAUAUAAUCAGGAUAAACAUAUUGACAAAAAGGGAUUACCCUGUCAUGGUCCACAAGACAAGAAAGCUGCCGGAACUCGUGCUAUGUAUGCUCCAUUCAUAUCUGAGGAUCUUCGUCUACGCGUUCACUCUUUGUUAUAUGUUGGUGUACCUGUUGAAGCCAUUAUGCAGAGACACAAUGAAACAGUAGAGAAACAAGGGGGCCCUGUUAAUCGCGAUGACCUUCUAACACAUAGAUACGUGAGAAGACAGGAGAAAAGAAUACGACGAUCUAAAUAUGAGCUAGAUAUUGAUGAUGAUGUUAGCCUAAGACUGUGGGUGGAAGAUCAUCGAACUCACAUUUUCUUUUAUCAGGACUUCUCUGAGUCUGAUCCAUUAACAAUCGGAAUUCAAACGGAAUGGCAGUUGCUGCAAAUGAUCCGAUUCGGUAAUGGUGGUCUUUUAGCUUCUGACUCAAGAUUUGGAACAAACAAAAUGAAGUAUCCGGUCCACAGCCUUCUUGUGUUCAAUUCGGUGAACAAGGCUAUUCCUGUCGCUUGGGUGAUUUCUCCGAGGUUUUCGAGCAGGGAUACAUAUAAAUGGAUGAGGGCUCUUCACAACAGGGUUUUGACUAAGGUUCCUUCAUGGAAUUUGGCUGGCUUUGUUGUAGAUGAUCCUUUAUCUGACGUUAGGGCUAUCCGGGAUGUUUUUGAGUGCUCUGUGCUGAUAUCAACGUGGCGAGUCCGUCAUGCGUGGCAUAAAGCUUUAAUGGAACGAUGUUCUCAAACAGAAAAACGAAUCCAAAUGUCAAAACAGUUGGGGCAAAUUGUUUCAGAGAUCUGUACUGGACACGGAAAUGCAACAUUGUUUGAUGAUUUCAUGGAUAAUUUUAUAGAUAACUCUGAGUUUGUGGAGUACUUUAAAGCUGUGUGGUACCCAAGAAUAGGGUUUUGGGUUAGUAGUUUACAAACUCUUCCUCUUGCCAGCCAGGAGAUGAGUGCAAUGCUUGAAUUUUAUCAUCGACAGAUGAAUGUGAGAGUACUAAAUGAAAGCGAUCCGAGUGUAUAUCAUCGUGUUGAUUGGUUGGUAAACAAGUUGACCACUAAAGUUCACUCUUACUUUUGGCUUGAUGAGUUUCCCGAGAAGCAUGAUUUUGAUCGAUACCAGAGAGAUGAGUGGUUGGAUGGGUUAACUUCUUGGCGUAGUUCAUUGGAAAUUCCCGAUUCUGAUGUUAUUUUUGAAGGGGAACAAGCCAAAGUCAUAGAUCAACAAGAUCGGGACAUUUUCUAUUUGAUAUCGAACCCUGGUUCUGAAUUUGCACUUUGUGAUUGUAAGCUAUCGGAAAAGGGAAGUUUGUGUGAUCAUAUCUGUAAGGUUAAGUGGGUAUUACACAGAAGAGAAUCUUUUAAAGCUUCUCUUAGUUUAUACCAGUACAAACAAGUAUUGAUGAAAAUUCUUUGCUGCACACCCCACGAUUCGUUGAUUCGUGAUUACGCCGUUUCCCUCGCAGCAUCUCUAACGACACAAAUAAACUCUUUUUCAGAGUUAAACGGAGAUGAGAGAUGGAUCAGUGGGCAUCUAAGCGAUGUUAAUAAUAAGUUGCGAAACCACGAGGCUCGUGAACUAGGGUUUUGUAAUGUGAGGGAUGUCCAUGAUGGGAUGGAGAUUGACCCGGUCUUGCCUUCUGGUUUAUUAGCCGAUUCCUGUGCUAUAAAUGAGAACGACUCUUUGAAAGAUGGCGAGUUCUCUGAUCGAGUUAAUGGCGUAGACAUGGUGGAAGAGCCUUUAUCUAUCGUAUUCCCUCCUUCCAUCAAGUCCCGAGAUCCGUCUUCAGACAAAGUUGAUGAGAAUGUCAAUUUCUGUGAAGAUACAACUCCUUUGAAAUUCUAUAUGAGGUCAAAACCAACAAAGAAACGGAAGAAAGGAGCAUCGCUCAGUAACAUACUAACGUCUUUUAAAGGUUAAUUUCCAUUCAAAUAUUUCUGAUUUUCUAAGUUAAAUUUAGGCAUGGCUCAGCUAAAAGGGAAAAUUAUGAGAUAGUAUGUUUUUUGUUCCAAAUUUUGUGUUAUCUGUUCUGAUUUCAGAUGUUGUAUAGUAGUAUUUGCCUCUAACAUAUGCAUAUGCCCCAUCAUCUAGUUUCCUUGA